GCUGACUGAGCCAGGCAGGCUGUUGUUAAGCGGAGAGUGUGUGGUGGCUGAGCGUGUUAUGGCCGAAUAACGCUAAACCAAUCCCAUGUGUAAAAGCAUCUUCAACCCAAGUCCCUGCCUCCACCUCUCCUUGUAGUUGAGUGAGGAAGUGGCGCCUUCUCUCUGAACUCUUAAAAGUCACAGCAUCUGUAAAGUCGUUCUGGGAAAUUAAAGGAUUCAGAGAAUGUCCAGUCUGCAGGAGGAGGUCAUCAAUGGAUCCUCCCCUAAUCAGCCUGACUAUAAAGAAGAUCUGGGAAAUUAAGGACAAACGUCGGAGAGCUUCAGCAGGGUUUGAGGUGCUCUGCAGUCCGCACAGUGAGAAACUCAAGCUCUUCUGUCUGGAGGACAAACAGCCUGUGUGUGUGGUGUGUAGAGACUCCAAAACACACAAACACCACAACUUCAGUCCCGUCAGUGAGGCUGCAGCAGAUAUGAAGGAAGAGCUCAAGAUCAAACUGGAGCCCCUAACAAAGAAAUUGAAGACCGUUGAAGAAGUUAAACUCCUCUGUGAUCAAACAGCAGCACACAUUAAGACUCAGACCCAGCACACAGAGAAGCAGAUGAAGAUGGAGUUUGAGAAGCUUCAUCAGUUUCUACGAGAUGAAGAGGCAGCCAGGAUAGCUGCACUGAGGGAGGAAGAGGAGCAGAAGAGUCAGAUGAUGAAGGAGAAGAUUGAGAAGAUGAGCAGAGAGAUCUCAUCUCUUUCAGGCACAAUCAGAGCCAUAGAGGAGCAGAUGGGAGCUGAUGAUGUGACUCUUCUGCAGCAGCAGAACUGUCCAAUCAGAAUCCUCAACCCAAGCCCCUCCCUUCACUGACCUUAUAGUUGAAUGAGGAACAGAGUGGGAAUGGAGACGGACAGACUGCAGUGAUUGACAGCUUCUCUCUGAAC